AUCGUGCAUGCUCAAACUUUUGCUUCCUGGGAGAUCCUUGGAACCGUGGACAGAUGGUUGUCACGAGCACGAUCAGUCCGUCGGUGCAAAUCGGCCUUCGAGCAUUCGCCGUGUGGCCGGGCGUGCCCUAUGCCGACGUUCGCCGACUGAUUUACGUGUUGAGCCUAAUCUUCAUACAGUACUUUCAAUAUUUGUUCAUAUACGUGUCCUUCAAGUAUGGCGAACGGGAAAAUCUCAUGUAUAGUAUACCGCAGACUCUGUAUUAUACUUUGACCAUCAUCAAGCUGAUAACACUUUGGAAAUAUGAUCGCGUGAUUCGCGAAGUACUGGCCACUGUGGAGACUGAUUGGCGCGAGUGCGUGAAAGACGAUCAACACUUGCACAUAAUGACGACGAAAGCUAAUAUCUCGAGUUUUUUCGCACAUGGCUUGUUGAUUAUCAACUCGAUCGAUUGCUUAUUUUGCUUUGGAGGCGACAACGCAAUGGCUAUAGUGCACAAGCUGAAAGGUGACAAUGUUACUACACGACCUUUUCCUCUGAUGGUGGUGUUCCCCCCAGCGGCCGAGCAAUCGCCGGUUUACGAGCUGCUUGUCAUAAUCUUGUUUUUGCAAGGAAUGUCGUCGGCAGUUAUCGUUAAUGUUGUGACCGGUCUGAUCUGUACUCUGGUAUUUCAUGCAUGCGGACAAAUCGAAAUCAUGUGUCAACAAUUGAAAGAUAUCUCUGAGAAAAUGAUGUAUUAUGGAUCUCCAAGUUUUUCAACAGGAACGCUGGUCAAUAGGCAUAAUAAUGUCAUCACAUUUGCUAAGAAUAUUGAGAAGCUUUUCUCCUUCAUAUCUUUGAUGCAAGUUUUUUUCAAUACGUUAGUAGUCUGCUUCCUGGGAAUCUACCUUAUGACAUCUCAUAAUGAAAGUGGUGUGGCCCUGUUUCAAGGCAUAUUUGGUUAUGCCGUCAUAAUGGCGGAAAUUUUUAUAUUUUGUUUUGUUGGAGAAUACCUAAGCAUUAAGAGUAGAUCACUUGGCGAUGCAGGAUACGAAGCUUUAUGGUACAAUAUGUCGCUUAGUCAGAGUAAAGACAUAUUAUUCAUAAUUAUGAGGUCACAGAAGCAACUGACCAUGACGGCUGGAGGGGUGAAAGAUUUAUCUUUAGAACUUUUCACCAGCAUCAUGAAAGCCUCUUGCUCAUUUAUGUCCGUUUUAAAUGCGAUGUAUUGAUAUCGUUUUAAACUAUAGCAUGGCAACAUUAGC